AUGGCGUGUCCUACACCGGAAAAAUUUUUCAAAAUCGUGAAGUCUCCGGCUUUACCAGUUGGUACAUUUAAGGGAGCUCUCGCACUGGUUACCGGAGGAGGGACGGGGUUGGGGAAAGCUAUCGCGACAAUGUUCGCCCAACUGGGAGCCGAUGUCGCCAUUGCAGCGAGAAGAACUGAUGUUCUGGCUGCUACCGCCUCUGAAAUCCGCACUAAAACGGGUGGUAAUUGUGAAGGAUUCCGAAUGGAUGUCAAGGAUCCAGCGAUCGUUUCGAGCUCUAUUGAUGAAAUCACAAAAAGAUUUGGAAAAUUACCUAGUAUUAUCGUCAACAAUGCUGCCGGCAACUUCAUUAUGGCCAGUGAAAGGUUAUCUCCGAACGCAGUAAAAGCAGUGGUGGACAUUGUGUUGAUGGGAACACUGAACGUGACGACAGAAGUGUGCAAAAGAGCGAUGAAAGCUAAUCAGGGGUGUACAGUACUCAGCAUCACAACUCCGUACGCCAGGCACGGAGGAGCUUUCGUUCUACCUUCCGCUGUGUCCAAGGCAGGAGUGGAGAACAUGACGAGAUCACUAGCGUCCGAAUGGGCCAAAUAUGGUAUCCGUUUCAACGUUAUCGCUCCAGGACCUAUUCCGACCAAGGGCGCCUUUUCUCGUUUAUCCACUGCAGCACCGGAGGAUAUGGAAGCGGGAGCUGCCAGCACCAUACCAGUUGGGAGACUAGCAAAACCAGAGGAGCUUGCUAACCUCGCCACUUAUGUGUGCUCGGACUACGCCAGUUGGCUCAAUGGAGCAAUUAUUGACUUUGAUGGAGGACAACAAUUCCUGAAUCACAACAGUUCAUUCGGUUCACACCUUCACGAGAUGAGCCCGAAGGACUGGGAAGAAAUAGAGAACAAUAUCCGACAAAGAACCGGAAAAACGAAGAGCAAGAUGUGA